GAUGAGGAGGGAGCACACAUCUUCUCUCUGCUUCUUUUAUACCAAUUUAAACGUAGACUUAGAUCACAUUACAAAUACAUAUCCAGAACUGGCUAACGGGAAUUAGAAAAAGGAGAUCCUAAUUUUAGUUUCGUAUGUAAGAAAAAAAAGUAUUUUUUUCCUUUUUUAAGUUUUGUUGCAUUUUUACUCUCCCUUACACAGCAGGCGAUUGCUGAUGCCUUUCCAACGCGAUAGCAGUUAAGCUCAAACAGUAAAUAAGCAGUAAUCCUGUUUUUGUUUUAAAGCGCGUCACCUAAAUGUUUGCACGCGAACGUUUAUUAUCGGAAGGAUGGGAACGUAUGCGACGGAAUUACCAAUAUUUUGACACUUUUCCUGAUACCACAAUUGCAUUAAAUAGGUAGCUUGGAUUUUAAACGUAUUACCUCCCUUCGUGUACUUAUCCCAGAAUUGCUAUCGUCAUCCAGAUCUUAUUUUUACAUACAUUUUUUUUAUAUCUUGAGAGAGCAUCCGCUACUGUGGUCUGUGCAAAUAAACGGGAUUGCAUAGGAUAUCCGCUAUAUAUAGCAUUCAUUUGAUCAGUCUGAAACUGAGCAACUUCGGCUGUUUUCUUUAGGAUGUCUCGCCGCAAGCAAGCUAAACCAAGAUCUCUGAAAGUAGAAGAAAAUGAGACAGAGGACCAGCACGCCACAGCGGGAAGGGCGGCCACUCCGAGCGAUCCAGACAGCAAACUAGGAAAGGCGGCAGAAGAUGGGGAGGAGGGCCUGAAGAAGAGGCUGGUCUCUCUGGAGGAGCGGGAGGACGGGGAGGAGGAGGCCCUGCACAGCUGCGACGGCUGCCUGCAGGUGUUCGAGUCACUGAGCGAUCUCACCGAACACAAGAUUAAUCAAUGCCAGCUGACAGACGGGGCUGAUAUUGAGGAUGACCCCUCCUGCUCUUGGCCCGCAUCUUCGCCUUCCAGCAAAGACCAGACGUCACCGGGCCACGGAGACGGAUACGACUUCGGAGAAGAAGAAGGGGGGCCGGGGCUGCCGUACCCCUGCCAGUUCUGCGACAAGUCCUUCAGCCGCCUCAGCUUCCUGAAGCACCACGAGCAGAGCCACGGCGACAAGCUGCCCUUCAAGUGCACCUUCUGCAGCCGCCUCUUCAAGCACAAGCGCAGCCGCGACCGCCACGUCAAGCUGCACACGGGCGACAAGAAGUAUCACUGCGGCGAGUGCGACGCCUCCUUCUCGCGCAGCGACCACCUCAAGAUCCACCUGAAGACCCACACCUCCAACAAGCCCUACAAAUGCGCCGUGUGCCGGCGCGGCUUCCUCUCCUCCAGCUCCCUGCACGGCCACAUGCAAGUCCAUGAGCGCAACAAAGAUGGCGGCCAGGGCCUGUCCAGGAUGGAGGAGUGGAAACUGAAAGAGACCCAGAAGUGCGGCCGGUGCGAGGAGGGUUUCGACGUCCCCGAGGAAUUGCAGAAACACAUCGCCGAGUGCCACCCAGAGUGCUCCCCGCCCCCAGAGAGGGGUGCGCUCCAGUGCAUCUACUGCCCCGAGCUCUUCACUGAGGAAGGCCCUCUCCUGAGCCACAUCGACCAGGCGCACAACAGGGACAAGAAGGGUCACACGUGCACCAUCUGUUCCGAGCACUUUCACGCCGUGGAGGACCUCUACAGCCACAUGGAUGUCCACCAGCAGCCAGAAUCCAGCAACCACAGCAACAGCCCGUCCUUGGUGACAGUGGGGUACACCUCCGUCUCCAGCACCACCCCAGACUCCAACCUAUCUGUCGACAGCUCCAACAUGGUGGAGGUGGCGCCGCCCUUACCGAAGACCCGUGGGAGAAAGAGGGCCGCCCAGCACGCAGCUGACAUCGCUGGACUAUCAUCCAAACAGGCUAAAAUCACAUACAGCUGCAUCUACUGCAACAAGCAAGUGUUUUCCAGCCUUGCUGUGCUACAGAUUCACCUCAAGACUAUGCACCUGGACAAACCGGAGCAAGCCCAUACGUGCCAGUGCUGUUUUGAGGUGCUGCCCUCCCUGUAUAACCUGAAUGAGCACCUUAAGCAGGUCCACGAUGCCCAGGAUCACAGCACUCUGUUGAGCAGCCUGUCUGCGGCAGUCCUCCAAUGCAACUUCUGCCCCGAGGUGCUUGGGGACCUCAACGCCUUGCAGGAGCACAUCCGCUGCUCGCAUGGGUUCCCCAGCCCGGUCGCCAAAGAGAGCAACGCCUUCUUCUGCCCCCAGUGCUUCAUGGGAUUUCUCACCGAGGCCUCCCUGGAAGAGCAUGUGCGGCAGACCCACUGUGAUGGGGGCAGCACACGUUUCGACUCACCCCUGGCCGGGACCCCGAAAGAGCCCAUCGUAGAGGUGUACUCCUGUUCAUACUGCACUAACUCGCCCAUAUUCAAUAGCAUCCUGAAGCUGAACAAGCAUAUCAAGGAGAAUCACAAGAACAUCCCGCUCGCUCUUAACUAUAUUAACAACGGGAAGAAGCCAAACCGGACCCUCAGUCCAUCUUCUCCAAUGUCUGUGGAGCACGCAACCAUCAAAAUUGGACCCAGUGGCUCUUCGUCCCGCUCGGCCAGCGAGUUUAUCUGCAAUCAGUGUGGUGCCAAGUACUCAAACCUGGACCUGUUUCAGACCCACCUCAAGACUCACCUGGAUAGUGUUCUGCCCAAAAUGACUUGCCCCCAGUGCAACAAAGAGUUCCCCAAUCAGGAAUCCCUGCUGAAGCAUGUGACCAUACACUUCAUGAUCACCUCAACUUACUACAUCUGCGAGAGCUGUGACAAGCAGUUCACCUCAGUGGACGACCUGCAGAAGCACCUCCUGGACAUGCACACCUUUGUCUUCUUCCGCUGCACCCUCUGCCAGGAAGUCUUUGACUCCAAGGUCUCCAUCCAACUACACUUAGCUGUCAAGCACAGCAAUGAGAAGAAGGUCUACCGCUGCACCUCCUGCAACUGGGACUUCCGCCACGAGUCUGACCUGCAGCUGCAUGUCAAGCACAACCACCUGGAGAACCAGGGCAAGGUCCACAAGUGCAUCUUCUGUGGGGAGUCCUUUGGCACGGAGGUGGAGCUGCAGUGCCACAUCACCACCCACAGCAAGAAGUACAACUGCCGCUUCUGCAGCAAGGCCUUCCACGCCAUCGUCCUGCUGGAGAAGCACUUGCGCGAGAAGCACUGUGUCUUCGAAGCCAAGCCCCAGAACUGCGGCGCCAACGGGUCCACUGCCGGAGGGGCAGAAGGGCCGGUCACCAAGGACGACGCCGAGCUGCAGAGCCUUCUGGCUAACAGCCACGAGUCGCACAACAGCCACGACGGCAGCGAGGAGGAUGUCGACACCUCCGAGCCCAUGUACGGGUGCGACAUCUGCGGGGCGGCCUACACCAUGGACUCCCUGCUGACUAACCAUCAGCUGCGCGACCACAACAUCAGGCCCGGGGAGAGCGCCAUGGUUAAGAGGAAGGCCGAGAUGAUCAAGGGCAACUACAAGUGCAAUGUCUGCUCCCGGACUUUCUUCUCCGAAGCGGGCCUGCGGGAGCACAUGCAGACCCACCUGGGCCCCGUCAAGCACUACAUGUGCCCCAUCUGCGGCGAGCGCUUCCCCUCCCUGCUCACCCUUACUGAACACAAGGUCACCCACAGUAAGAGCCUGGACACGGGAAGCUGCCGCAUCUGCAAGAUGCCCCUCCAGAGCGAGGAGGACUUCCUGGAGCACUGCCAGAUGCACCCGGACCUGAGGAACUCCCUGACGGGCUUCCGCUGCGUGGUCUGCAUGCAGACGGUGACGUCCACCCUGGAGCUAAAGAUCCACGGCACCUUCCACAUGCAGAAGACGGGCACCAUGUCUGCGGGCAACCCAGCCGUCGGCGGCGGAGGCGUCGGCGGCGGCGGGCGCGCCCACCACCACCUGCAGAAGCUGUACAAGUGCGCCUCGUGUCUGAAGGAGUUCCGCUCCAAGCAGGACCUGGUCAAGCUGGACAUCAACGGGUUGCCCUACGGGCUGUGUGCCUCGUGCGUCAGCGACAGCAGCAAGAGCUCCAGCCCGGCAGUGAACGGUGGCAGGCAGCAGGGGGUGGUCGCUCUGGGGAUGGCACAGGGGGAGGGGCUCAGCCCCGGUGAGGGGAAGGGCAGGACCUCUGGCUCCGCCCCCUCCUCCAAAACGCGGUGCUCCAGCUGCAACGUCAAGUUCGAGUCAGAGGCGGAGCUUCAGAACCACAUCCUGUCUGUCCACAGGGAUGCAGUUGGGGAGAGUGGGCAGCUUAGGACUCCCCAAGCAUCUCCAGUUUCCAGAGUGAGCCCCUCACAGGGAGAAGAGAAGAAGACUUACCAGUGUAUUAAGUGUCAGAUGGUCUUCUACAGUGAAUGGGACAUCCAAGUUCACGUGGCAAAUCACAUGCUCGAGGAGGGCCUGAAUCACGAGUGCAAGCUCUGCAGCCAAACGUUCGACUCCCCGGCCAAACUGCAGUGCCACCUGAUCGAGCACAGCUUCGAGGGAAUGGGCGGGACCUUCAAGUGUCCCGUCUGCUUCACAGUUUUCGUUCAGGCGAGCAAGCUGCAGCAGCACAUUUUCUCAUCUCACGGUCAGGAGGACAAGAUCUAUGACUGCUCCCAGUGUCCCCAGAAGUUCUUCUUCCAGACAGAGCUACAGAACCACACCAUGAGCCAACACAGCAGCUAAUCCUCUUCAGGAGCCAAUCUCUUCAGGAGGACUUCUGAGAAGGCAUCAGACUGGGGGGAAUGAACAAGAUGACCCAUUACCAUGGGUGUCUUCCUUAUUCUUUGCACGGAACUUUCAUUGCAAUUGUACACAAGAAACAAAAACCAUGUAUGGUGGAAAAAAAAAAAAAAUUAAAUAAACUAUUAUCUUUAAAAGAAAGCAAAGCAGGGGCAAGAAAAACGAACCUUCGGACAGUGUCUAUUUCCGUUUUUUGUAUGCAUCAGGCUGACUUGUAAAUAGAAGUACUCCACGUGUUGUUGAACUCCGGCUACCGAGCAGCUGUGCCCUGGGAUCAGAGGUAAAGCCGCCCUCCGAGAAACAGCCCCGCCAAUCAGGAAAGGAACGGGAUUCUCCCAUUUGGGAAUGGACUGGCACAGGAGGGGGGCGGUAGGGUGCCGAUUCUCACAAAGGAAGGCUGUGGGUGUCCCGUCCGCGAGAGCGUUCCUGUCGGACAUCGCGUUGAUCAGAGAUCGGCUUGUUUCAGGGCAGCAUGCUUUGAUGUAUGGCUCAGUUGUAGAUCCUCUGAUAGUCCCAUAAGAAAAAAAAAAGAGAAAAGGGAAGGGAAAAAAGAUGACCUCAUGCAUAAAUCUCAUUAUUGCAGAGGGGAGACCAGACAAGAAAAGUGGAUUAUUUAAUGCGGUCUGUCUAUGUGCAGAGUUCAAACAAAAAAGCAUUCCCAUAUAUGCAAUAGUGAUGACACAGAUUGGAAACACAUCUUUUUCUUGUGGAAACGGUCUGACUCGUAAGCCUACCUUAAUAAUCCUGGCACAGAGAAAUCUCAAGUCAAUUAAGCCAACCUGUAUGUUACUGUUAUUAAUGUUUACUCUCUAGCCUGAACCUGGAGAUUACUGGAAUUGUUUUUUUGCAAUAGGAAAUAAAUCCAAUUUACCUUCAGGUACUAGAGUGUGCUUUUAUUUCCUCCUCUUCAAUUUUGAUGAUGUAAUUACAAAACCCUGUCCUUCUUUGCACUCUUGGAUUUAGUUCCAGUCCUCUACCCUCUUGGCUUUUGUGACAUUCCAUUUCUCCUUUGGAAGCUGUAAGCUGUAAGCAGAGAUAUCACAUUCCAUUAUUUAAGAUUUUAGUAUUAUUUGAUCUUGAGACGCACUUUUAUAUGGAAACAUAAUGUCUGACAUUUUGAAAUCUUUUCAUUUUUCGGAUAACUGGAACUAUCCUCUGCGGCAGGACUUUGGAAUAUAAAAAAAUGUUAUUAAAUAUGUAAUGUACAAAUAUGGACAAAGUUCUGAAUUUGGCAGAACUCAUUUUUUGUGUUGCACAUGUGAAGCUUAUUAAAAGUGUAUGUGAAAAGAA